AUGGAGAAACAAGACAAAGAAAACUCUGAAGCAGAAAAAGAAUCAACAAAACCUUGGGUAGAAAAAUCUUUUGGUAAGCAAGCAAAAAGUAGUGUUCCUGCUGAAGAUCAAGUGGAACUGCCAGAAAGUAUGAAGCGCAAUCAGAAGGAGAUUCUAAUAGUUGAUGAAGAUGGAAGUAAUGGCACAAAGAUCAAUGAGGGAGGAGACAAUACUGAACAACUGAGAGAUCAGGUCAUCAAUAAUACUACAGUCAAGAUUAGUACAGAAGUAGUAGAGACAGAUAGAAAGCCUGCAGAAUCAGUAGAGGAGCAAGAGGCAAAUAGGAAAAGCACAAGCCAGGAAGCAGUGGUGGAAAAAGGUGAACAUGAUAAAUGGAAAGAGGACAAGACAGAAGAAGAGGGAAGUGAGGAGCAAUCCUUAGAUAUCAGUCCUAGUAAUCAUCCAAAGGAGUCUGGUGGAUCAGUCCCAAAGACUCCAAGAAGUAAUCCCCCUCAGGAAAUAAAGAUCAGGAGCUUAAGGAAGAUUUGCUCAAUGUUCAAAUUGAUUAGAUCAGUUAAUACUCAGCAAUCCUUUGAUAGAUUAACUAAUCUGAAUAGAAGAAACAGUUACAGUAUUAUUGGCUUGAUAGAACCUUUUGAAGAUGCUGAACAAGUAGAAAGAUUUAGAAGCAAGUUAGGUAUUGAAACAACUUUUGUCAAUAUCUCAGGCAAAAUCUGGUUAUUCCUCUCAGAGGAUAUACAGGGUUCAGUGGAGAUAGACAAUGAACAACAGAUUACUUUGAAGUUGUUUCACCAAAGUUUAAACUGUAAUAUAGUCUUAACAGUGGUGUUUGCCUCUUGUGAUGCUAGAGAAAGAACAAUGCUUUGGGAUUCCAUUAGCCAGGAUCUUGGAUAUGUGGGUAGCACAUAUACAUGGUGGAAUGGAAGAGCUGAAGAAGCAUGCAUUUUGAAAAGAUUGGACAGGAUAGUUUGUAAUGAGAAAUUGCUAGAUGUAAUGCCCACCAUGAAGGUGACUCAUCUGAUAAAAAAGGGAUCUGAUCAUUCUCCUUUGGAACAUGAGUUCUCCACAACUACUGAGGUGAUCAUAAAGCCUUUUAUGUUCCUGAAUUUUUGGGUCCAACAUGAGAGUUUCCAGGAGGUUAUCAAGCAACACUGGUGUAUAGACUUUGAAGGAAAUCCAUUUACCAAGUUUCAGCACAAGCUCAAAAAGGUGAAGAUUGCAUUGAGAACUUGGAGUAAGAACACAUAUGGCAAUAUUUUUCAGCAAAUUGCAUCACUAGAGGAGUCAGUACGAACAUGGUUCCAAGAUGGGGAUAGAAACUCAAAGUUCUUCCAUGCUUGUGUCAAAGGGAGGAGAAAGAAGCUUAGAGUGGAUAAUAUCCAAGAUGCUGAUGGAAAUUGGCUAACCAAUCAAGAGGAGAUCUCACAAGAAGCAGACGGAUGUUAUCAAAAGCAGUUUGAAGAAGAUAGAAUUCCUUCUAAGUUUGGUUUACUAAAGCAUAUCCCUACCCUAGUCACAGAAGAUCAAAAUCAUACCAUAGAGAUGCUACCAAAUGAAGAAGAAGUCAAAGAAACUGUUUUUGCCUUGAAUGGAGAAAGUACCUGUGGUCCUGAUGGAUUCACAGGAUUGUUCUUUCAAUCAUCUUGGGAGAUAGUCAAACUAGAUGUGGUGGAUAUGGUGAAGGCACUCUUUGUGGGGUAA